AUGCUGCUCCUCCUGUCCUUGUUGGCCAGUGUCCUGCUCUCUGGAGUUGAAGGAGGGGAGAUCUACUGCGGCACAGAGGCCAAACCACACUCCCGGCCCUAUAUGGCAUUUGUGAGUUUCUGUGAGAAAAAAAAUGGUCGUCAGUACCAAUGUGGGGGUUUCCUGGUACAAGACAACUUCGUGUUGACAGCAGCUCAUUGCAAUGGAAGCGAAAUGACUGUCACACUGGGAGCUCACAAUAUCAGAAAGAGGGAAAACACCUGGCAGGUCAUCCCUGUGAUCCAAACCUUCCCCCACAAGGACUAUAAUAAGAAGAAAGGUAUCAAUGACAUCAUGCUGUUGAAGCUGGAAAACAAGGCACAAUUGAACCGGAACGUGCAGAUCAUUCCCCUGCCAAGUCAUCAGGACAUGGUGGAGCCGGUGCAGGUGUGCAGCGUGGCGGGCUGGGGAAAAAUGGCUGAUGGAAAACUUUCAGACACACUUCAGGAGGUGGAUCUACAAGUGCAAGAGGAGAAGAUGUGCAAGAAAAACUUCCAGCCAAAGUUCAACAGCUCCAUCCAGCUGUGUGUGGGAAACCCUAAGUCCAAGAAGGCCACUGGACCUGGGGACUCUGGGGGCCCACUGGUGUGUAAAGGUGUGGCCCAGGGCAUUGUCAGCUAUGCCUACAAACGGCCUCCCCGGGUCUUCACCAGGAUCUCCAGCUUCAUGCCCUGGAUCCACAGAACAAUGAAACUCGCGGCUUAG